AUGAAUCCUCGAUUGACUAGUUUUGAUCUGUCCAAGUCCAUGGUGGCAGCUGGUAUUGACAUUGGUACUUCAACAGUGAGAGACAGGUUUUUAGAACGUGGGCGGAAAGCACGUCGACCGUACAAGAAGCAGCUUCUCACGCCUCGUAUGAAGAAAAAAAGGUUAGAAUGGGCACGGAAAUAUAAAAUAUGGACUGAAGAGGACCGGCACUGUCUUUUCAAAGACAUAAUGCAUUAUGUAGAAGUUGGCAGAGAAGGGCCCUUUAAUUUGAAAAGCUUUUCUGAAGCCUUGAACGAUUUUGAGCCUUCUAUUACCGCAACUGAAGUGAUGGAAGUCCUGGACAGUAUGGAGAAGAACGAAUUCGAAGAGUUGGAUUUCGGAAAAUUUCUUUUCCUUCUGGCGUACAAAGAUCAUGCACCCACUGAAGAGGAUCCUGACGACAUUGAUAAAAAGUUAUCAUCAAAGGUGGUAACUGCUCGCCAAUGUCGCUUGCUGUCCGCCAUUUCAUAUUUCGUGCUGAUUGCGAGCCCUGAAGAGAUUGAAAGAUUCUACUUCCAAAACACACGGAGGAAAUCCACAGUGCUGCACCACCAUCUCGAGACCACCCGACUCCAAGGUCUAACCGAGAGGCAAAUGGAAGAGAAGCAGCUAAGAGCUCGAAAAAAUUUGGCUCCGUUGUACAAGUUAACUGCUUCGCCGUAUGCUAGCCCAGUUCCUUUUGUACCUCGCUUCAAGAAAACUAAGUUAUAUAAAGAACUCACUGAUGGUCAGCAAUCAGACGUUGAGUCAAAUAUCUCCAAAACGAAAAAGAAGAUAUCUAGGCCUAUCAAGCCGAUUAAACCAAAGCGCGAACUGGGCGAGCCUUGGAGUUUUGAAUCUGAGGAAGAUGAAAUUUGCAGUCAAAUGCACUAUGGAAGAAUUCCUUUGCCAGAGAUGAAAAUGCCUGCUAAGAUGUUGAAAGACAUGAGGAAGCGAUGCACAGUGGAGCAUAAAGACUUUAUAAUGAACAAAUCAUAUGAAGCCCUAGCUGAUUUCAAGCAACGUAUGAAAGAAGCAGCUGUUAUCUAUGCUCGUAAGAGUUUGAAACCCAUACUGAAAAAAGAUUUCAGGUCUAAAGACGAAAUAGAUAGCUUUGUUCAAAUCUACCAAAAAUACCUGCCAUUGGAGCUUAGCGACGUGAAAGACUUCUCACUUUGGAUACAGCCUGGGGGAUAUCAAAAAAUGAACACUAAAAAAUCUUCGUUUCCAAAUCAAUUUGCGUUUGGCUCAAAAAUACCAUAA